UCAGUAGCGAUUCUGCAGUCGUCGAGAGUAGUUCCCGAGUGCGCGACCCCGUUCAGUUUUGUCCUCAGUCUUGAUAGUAUUCCGCCAAACAUACAAAGCAUAAAGCAUACAGCAUACAGCAUCAUUCAAAUAAUAAUACAACAAAUAUUUUGUUUUGAGACACGAUUACGUAAACGGAUCAGACCUGAUUUUCUUUCAUUUGCGACUUCAAAUUGUUGUGAUUCACAAAAACAAUGCGGAAAUACUCAAAUUACAAAGCAAGGCCACGCAAGCCCUAAGUGCAAGUGAGAAAGCAUAAAGAGUGCAAAGUUAAAUACGUAGUAUAUGCCAGCAUCUACGUCUAGUCUUAGACACUUCUCUAAACCCAAACCCAAAUCCAAGCCCAAGACCAAACCAAAAUGCCAAAGUCAAAGAAAAGAACACACGCAAAGAGCUGUCAUCUCACGACGAAGUGGAGAGCGGGACAGAGCGAGGCACAGCAACCGCCGCUGCCGCUUCUGCUGCUGUUGCUGGUGCUCUUAAUGAACAUAUCCUGUGUGGCAUGUGCGCGCGAUCAUCGUAAACAAACAAAUCUGGAGGCCAAAGUCGGUUCGCAUGUCGUCUUUAAUUGCUAUAUAGAUUUCCCAUAUGAUUCCCCAAUCUCCUACGUAGUCCACUGGAGCAAAGAUAACAAAAAGAUUUUCACUUGGUUCGAGAACGAAACCUCGACGAACGAGCUUUUCAAUGGACGCCUGCAUCUGGUCAGCCAUCAUCCGGAGUACGGCAAAGCGUCAGCGAAUCUAACUGCCAUUCGAGAGUCUGAUCAGGGCUGGUAUCACUGCCAGAUCGUUUUCCCCAAUCGCUCGCCAAGCGUACGCAACAACGGCACACGAUAUCAUCUGGCGGUGCAAGGUGGCUCACUCAUCAAAAUCCCACCCGUUAAUCAGACCAUCAUGGAAGGUCAGACGGCGUUCUUUCACUGCGUCAUGAAGUAUCCCGACAGUUCGCAGGCCUCGUGGUACAAGGAUGGCGUGCUGCUACAGGAGGUGCAGGAUCUGAUCAGACGCUCGUUUAUGGGCCCCGAUGGCAGCCUAAGCAUUGAUCCCACUAUGAUGAGCGACUUGGGCGAAUACGAGUGCAAGGUGCGCAACAACGAAGGCGAACUGCAAACAGCCAAGGCUUUUCUCAAUAUACAAUAUAAGGCCAAGGUUAUUUAUGCACCGCCGGAAGUUUACCUGCCCUAUGGACAGCCAGCCGUGCUUGACUGCCAUUUCCGGGCUAAUCCGCCAUUGAAAAACCUGCGCUGGGAGAAGGAUGGCCUCCUCUUUGACUCGUACAAUGUGCCCGGCGUGUUCUACAAGAUGAACGGCAGCCUCUUCUUCUCCAAGGUGAACGAGAACUAUGCGGGCAGCUACACAUGCACUCCCUACAAUGACCUCGGCACCGAUGGCCCCUCGCCCAUCAUUAGUGUAAUUGUGCUGCGCCCACCAAUAUUCAGUGUAACGCCGAAGGCGAUUUACAUACAGAAACUGGGCGAGACAGCCGAACUGCCAUGCGAAGCCAUCGACCGGGACGGAAACAAUCGGCCCUCCAUUGUGUGGAGUCGGAAAGAUGGCCAGGCCCUGGCAGUGGACCGGCACAGUUUUAGCGGCGGCAAUUUGACCAUCACCAAUCUGGUGGAAACGGACCGGGGCAUGUACGAAUGCUCGGCGACCAAUGAAGCGGCAACGAUAACGGCCGAAGCUGAAUUAAUGAUUGAGAACAUUGCCCCACGACCGCCAUACAACCUAACGGCGAACAGCACCGAAACCUGCAUCACAAUACGUUGGCAGCCAGGCUACCUGCGACCCAAUCUCGAGUACACUGUGUGGUAUCGUCUCAGCGAUGCGCCAGAGUGGCGAACUCUGCGAGUGCUCGACAAGACCGUCAUGGAGGCCACUGUGCAGCAUCUUCUGCCAGGGAGGGAGUAUGAGUUCAUGGUGCUCAGCCAGGACAAGUAUGGCGACGGGAUGUUUAGCAAGCAAUUGCGUUUCGAAACCCAACCCUCACCCAUUCGCGGCGAAGACUUUGAUGCCCAACAUCUGCCACAUCAACAGAGUCAACCGUCCAGCACUGGUGGACUCGGUGCACCUUGGAAUCUGAGCAUUAUCAACAAUCCGCAAGGCUGGCUGCUGCACUGGGAGCAUCCGCUGCAAGGCCUCGAGUCGCUACGCUUGUACACGGUCCGUUGGUGGAAGGAGCCGGAGCAUUUCCUCAUCGGCACCGCCGAAACCUUUGACAAUUUCUAUCAACUGCGACACCUGAAGGAAGACGCCACCUUCAAGAUACAGGUGUUGGCCGUGGGAUCGGAUGCCCACCAAGCAGCCAGCCCUGAACUGAUACUCGAUGUACCCUCGCAGCGUAAAGUGCGAGCUUUGAUUAUUGGCAGCUCCGUGGGCAUUAUCUUUCUACUUUGCGCUCUGUGCGCUUUUUUAUACGUGAAGCGUAGUUGCCUUCGGCACUUGUUUGCCCGGGGCAACGAGGGAGCCAGCGGUGACGAAGAUACUGCUGAGAGUGGCGACUGCGACAGCGACCAAGAGCGAGACAGCGGAAAGAUUCGCGCGUCCUCCUGAAUUUUGCAGAUCAGGUGGCGCUUUGAGGCGACCGAGGAUGGAAAUACACAGCGAGAUUGUUCAGUGAGCGUGACUUUAGUGCCAGAAUAAGGGGAAUUCCAUGAUUUACAAAAUCAACCAGUUCAAUAAUAAAGUAAUUAAAGUUAACUCUUUUGGGAAAUUAUAAGUUAAUUAAUUUUUGACAAAUAA